UUUUGUUCAAACCCAAUAUCGGUGUUGAAAACGUGUAGAUGAAACAUUAAAAAAAAUGGGUUUUAAAAUAUACAUCGGUUAUAUAUUUUUAUGUUUUUCUUUUAGAAGUAUUAUAUCAAUUACUGUUUGUAAAACAGAGUUAGAUUAUUAUACAAAUGAAAACUGUUGGGAGAAUAAUGACGACGAUUUAAAUACGACGCAAAUACUUCGAAAUUGGGGUUUCACUGCUGAGGAAUAUGAGAUAAAUACAGAUGAUGGUUAUGGACUAACUAUUAUUAGAGGUUAUGGGACUAUUACUAAUCCAACUCCAAUUGUUAUGGGCCAUGCUGUUUUAAUAAAUAGCCGAGGAUUUUUGUUUUUACAAAAUUCAUCAUUAGCUUAUCAGAUCAUCUCCUCAGGCCAUCAAAUAUUUCUAAUAAACUUUAGAGGUACAGAAUACAGUCGAAAACAUGUAAAUCUUACAUCUGAAGAUAGGGAAUAUUGGAAUUUUAGUUGGCAUGAAUCAGGAUAUUACGAUAUUCCGAAAGUCUUAGAAUUGGUAUCUAAUAUAACUUAUGGACAGAAAGCAAUAUUAGUUGGAUAUUCAAUGGGAAGUACGACAAGUUUGGUUUAUGCAACCAGCUUUCCUGAUGAAGCGGCAGAAAAGUUACUGGGAAUCAUAUGUCUAGGAACAGCAAGCUUGUAUAAGAAUACACCAUCCUUAUUGAGGGUAGUUGCUAUGUUGGACCCUAUAGUUGCGCCAUUAGGAUUAAGAUUAUGGAACGGAAGAUUUCCAUUAAAGCAAGAGAUAGGACCAUUAUUUGAACUGGGAUCGAGUGAUCCAAUUUUGUACAAUAUGAUGGACAUGGUUCAUGCUUUAUUUGCAGGUUGGAAUUAUAAGUCAGUUGCUCCUGACAAAAUGCCAAUAUUUUUGAACCAUGUUUAUGACUCAACCAGCGUAAAAACGCUUCAGCAUUAUGGCCAAAUUGUACUGUCUGAAAGAUUUGCAAAAUACGAUUAUGGUCCAACUCUAAAUCACAAGAAAUAUGGAACACCUAGACCACCGUUGUAUGAUUUUUCAAAAAUUAAAGUCAAAAUUGCACAGUUUCUUGGACGAAAUGAUGUACUAUGUACCGCAGAGAAUGGACUCCGAUUACAAGAACUACUGAAACCUGAGUAUAGGUGCGGAGUCACUGUAAUUGCAGAUCCUAGAUGGCACCACCUUAAUUUUAUUAACCACCGUGAUGCUGAAUCUCUAUUGGCUAUACCUGUUUUAAACAAGAUUAAAGCUUAUGAGGCCGGUGGCUGCUAAUGAUAAUGUUCUGUAAGCUAGCAUAUUAUAUAAUAUAUUUUAUUUAAUAUAUCUUGAAAAACA